CCCGGGUGCUGUGGGACCUGUGGGAGUUGUAGUCCCGCUUGCUGCGGGGGACGCCGUCUGGGAGCGGGGCCCCCACCGGGCCCCCCCCUCACGGCCACGGCGGGGUCCCUGAGGAGGGCCGGGACUGCCCCUCUCUUGUCUGUGGCCCGGCCUAAUCCCCGCAGCAUGGGGCGGGCACGGUCCGGCAGCCAAAUCCCGGUCAGCUGAGGAGCUCAGGCGGGCUCGGGGAGGCGGCGAGCGGAGCUGAGCUCCGGGCGGCAGGAGGGAGGGAUGGCGCCCCGGCACACGGAACUCUAAUUCAGCCCAUGCUCAGAAUGGAGCACCAGCCCCUGCUCAGAGGGUCUAGCUCGCCCUGCAAGCUCCCCAGCUGGACGUUGUUCCUGGCUGUUUGUGCUGUUGGAAUUGGAGGCACCUUUCAGUAUGGGUAUAAUGUGUCUAUUAUCAAUGCACCCACGCAGCAUAUACACAAGUUCCUAAACGAAACCUGGAGUAGUCGCUAUCACAAGGAACUAAAUCCAGAUUUGCUGACUUUUCUUUGGUCUGUCAUUGCUUCCAUCUUUUCCCUUGGAGGCCUGUGUGGAGCCCUGAUUGGAGGCAGCAUGGCAAUACGGCUGGGCAGGAAAGGAGCUCUUUUGAUGAAUAAUAUUAUAGCAAUACUAGCCUCCAUUUUAAUGGGGAUCAGUUUUCCUACAGGAUUGUUUGAGUUACUGAUUGCUGGAAGGUUUUUGAUUGGCAUAAAUUCAGGUGUUGGGCUGUGUGUGCAGCCUCUUUAUAUUGGGGAGUUUGCCCCAAAACACCUAAGAGGUGGCUUGGCCAUGGGGACUUCCAUCUUUCUGACUGGGGGAAUUCUGACGGGACAAAUAAUUGGUUUGAGAGAGUUAUUAGGUGGAGAAGAGCAUUGGCCUCUGUUGCUAUCAAGCAGCUGUGUUCCAGCAUUAGCCCAGCUUUUAUUCCUUCCAUGGUUUCCUGAAAGUCCCAGAUAUCUUCUUAUUGACAGAGGUGAUGAAUUAAGCUGUGCCAAAGCUUUGAAACGAUUUCAUGGUUCCUCAGAAUACCGAAGGGAGAUGGAAGACAUCCAGCGGGAAUGUUUUGCCUUGGAUGGGGAGAAACCCAAGAAGCCCUGGCAAUUAUUCACUGACCGUGGUGUGAGAUGGCAGCUCAUCACUGUCAUUGUGAUGACAAUGGGCCAACAGCUCAGUGGCAUUAAUGCUAUUUAUUUCUAUGCAACUUAUGUUUUUGAACAAGCUGGGAUCUUGGCAGAAAAAAUCCCGUAUGUGACACUCGGCACUGGAGUUUGUGAAUGUCUCACAGCCCUGUCCUGUGGUUUGCUGAUAGACUAUGUGGGAAGAAGAUGCCUUAUCAUUGGGGGUUAUCUCCUCAUGACGCUCUGGUGCACUGUUCUGACCUUCUCUCUGACCUACCAGGAGCUGUACUCCUGGGUGCCUUACAUGAGCAUGGCAUGUGUAUUUGCCUUCAUCUUGAGCUUUGGGCUGGGCCCAGGUGGCAUAACAAACACCCUGACAGCAGAGAUAUUUGUACAGUCCUCACGUCCUGCUGCCUACAUGAUCGCAGGGACUGUGAGUUGGAUUAGUUUCUUCACAGUUGGAAUGCUCUUUCCCUUCAUAGUGAAUGGACUGAAGCAGUAUUGUUUUGUGGUGUUCUUACUGGAGUGCUUCUUUGUUGCUGCUUUCAUCUUCCUCAUAAUUCCUGAGACAAAAAACAAAUCUUUUCUGGAAAUUCAAAAGGAAUUUCACAAGCUUAAUUUUGGAAGGAAUGCCAGGAAAAAGGAAACGGAACUUUAUGAAAGAAGACAACUUCAAGAUGAAUUUUUAAAGAUUUCUGCAUAAUUUCACAAAUGCAACAGAACUUCAGUGAGAAUUAUGAACAUAGUCUUCUAAAUUAGGAGUAUAAUAUAUGAUCAAGUGGCUUAUUAAAUCUUCCUGUGUAUUUAGAGGAAGUGUAGCUAAAGGCAAGUUAGUAUUGCUGAAAUGCUGUUAAAGCAUGUAUUGCUGAAAUACUAUUAACAAUAUAAUGUAUUAUCCGCAGAAAACUUGAUGUUUAGCUGUAACCUGGUGCUGUAGGGAUGCAGAGAUGCCAGGGAGGAUGUUCGGUGAGCCCCACUGGCAGAUUUCUGCAGAUUAUUCAGUUACUCUUCUUGCAUUUCAAAGCCCUGUCUUCAGUUUGGGUCAUCAGGUGCAUCCAAAUGCUUUGCUGAGUGUAACAUUCGGAGUUCUUGUUAAAACCCACACAAAAACUGAUAACUGAGAAUAUUUUAAAUAUUCCAGUUUAUGUAGAAAUAGGGAUAUUUAGUUUCUGUUUUUCCAAUUAUGUAACUUUGAAAGCCUUAAAGACAUUCCUCAUCCAGUCCUACUACUGUACUGUACAAAAGUACGGCACCUCUCUGAGUUAUUUUUAUUUGUAAUAAAAACUUGUAUCCUGAUAAAA